AUGAAAGCCCUCUUCAAAUUUUUUCAUUACAUUGAGAUAACCACCGAUUAUGGAAAUGUAGAGGGACUUUGUGCAAAAUUGAAAACUGAUCCUAUAAAUGGUCUACCCGAUGACCAUCACGAAUUGUCGCGACGACAGCAUGUUUUCGGAAAAAAUGAAAUCCCCCCUGCACCUUCAAAAUCGUUUUUUCGAUUAGCAUGGGAAGCAGUUCAGGACAUUACACUAAUUAUUUUACUCGUAUCUGCACUGGUAUCACUUGGAUUGUCAUUUUAUAAACCACCUGAAGGAGCUGGA